GAAACUAACAGAUAAAAAGGAGAAAGAAAGGUUGUUGUCUCGUCUACUCGAUCAGUCACUCAACCGGUAUCACUGUGUCUCUGGGUUCCAAUUCAGCUCAGUGGCAGACAUGGAAUCACCAGCUUUGUUAUACAACCAGCUCAAGACAGCAGAACCAUUUUUCUUAUUAGCAGGUCCAAAUGUGAUUGAAUCAGAGGAGCACAUUUUCCGAAUGGCCAAGCACAUAAAGACUAUUGCAACAAAAGUUGGAUUGCCACUGGUGUUCAAGUCAAGCUUUGACAAAGCUAACCGUACAUCCUCAAAAUCAUUCCGGGGCCCUGGCAUGGCUGAAGGGUUAAAGAUCCUUGAGAAGGUUAAACUAGCCUAUGACCUCCCUAUAGUUACAGAUGUACAUGAAUCUAUACAGUGUGAAGAAGUUGGCAAAGUUGCAGAUAUCAUUCAGAUUCCUGCAUUUUUAUGCCGUCAGACAGAUCUUCUAGUUGCCGCAGCCAAGACUGGAAAGAUUGUCAAUAUUAAGAAGGGUCAAUUCUGUGCUCCCUCUGUCAUGGUAAAUUCUGCAGAGAAGGUUAGACUGGCAGGAAAUCCAAAUGUGAUGGUUUGUGAGAGGGGAACUAUGUUUGGUUAUAAUGAUUUAAUUGUUGAUCCGCGUAAUUUGGAGUGGAUCAGAGAAGCUAACUGUCCUGUUGUUGCUGAUGUUACACAUGCAUUGCAACAGCCUGCUGGGAGAAAGUUGGAUGACGGAGGUGUUGCCAGUGGUGGUCUUCGUGAACUGAUACCAUGUAUUGCAAGGACAGCAGUUGCUGUUGGAGUGGAUGGAAUUUUCAUGGAGGUGCAUGAUGAUCCCUCUAAUGCGCCAGUUGAUGGUCCAACCCAAUGGCCAUUGCGCCAUUUGGAGGAACUACUGGUAGAGCUUAUUGCAAUAGCUAGGGUAAGCAAGGGAAAGCAACGCUUCAACAUUGAUCUCUCACCCUAUCGUGAUUAGAAGACUGAUGCUACUUAGAUGGUGCUUAUAUGUGUUCAAGUGCUCUACGUUGAGGAUAUGACUAGCUUUGUGAGGGAAAUUACAUUCUGCUAGCACUUUGAAGCACACAGACAGGGAUUAUAUAAAUGCAAGUUGGUUACCAAGACUGGGCUUCUGACCCAUCUAUUUAUCAUUCUAUGUAUAUUCUUGAAUAUCACUAGAAUGGUUUUGGUCUCAAACUCAAACCUUGAUCCGGAGAAAUUGUUUCUAAUGGUAUACUAUCCGUUUUUGCAUUUUGUCAUUGUAUACUCUGGUAACUCUAUUAAGAUCAAGACCGUGGGCUGCUGCCUUUGUAGAUCAUGGAAUAUGAUGAUUUUCUGUUUUCUUCAAUCCGUUUGUUUCGCU